UUUGAUGGCGAACACAGUCUAUAAACUCUUCUUUACGUUACCAGAAAAUCCGUAACCACCCAAAGCUGAACGCUACCGUAAUAAUUGAUUCAAUUGACUCGUUCCAAGCUUUCAAAUUUGAAAUUCCCCUCUACAAAAGGCUUUUACUCCGACUCUGUAUCAUUGCAAGAAGUUUUUCACUAUGGGACCAUUAACACAGGCCGGAGGCCGACUUUAGCCAGCUGUGCGGCAACAACCGAACUCGUAUGCUUUGCACAAGCAAUGACGCUGUUACUCGUCGCCGGUAUUCGUUAAAAGUUUGAAUUUCUAACCAAGCGGGCAGUGUUUAGUUUUUUUCGCAUUUAAACUGCAUUCGUGUGGGUGGUUUGAGUGAUAUUUAGCUUCAAUCUGACUCGAAGGACCAAAGUUUUAUUGCAAGUGGAAGAUUUGAAAGGUUGAUGGGCCGCCCAAUAAGUUUAUGACUUGGUGCUUUACAUUUGCUUGCAGAGGGGCACUAUUCCGCCAGAUACUCAAAUAGUUGCGAGGAUAAAUAGAGAUAUUACUAAUUGCCCCCAGUUAAUCCUCUUUGAUUUCACGCUCGAUCUAAGCAAAUAUUUCCACAAACGCAUAAUUAACCGCAAUGUCCAAUAAACUCCAAAGUAAACAAUCACCUAAUUAAAUAAUAUUCUGUUUGCCCUAACGCCUUAUCAAUUAUUUGUGUCAACACCCACUGAAUUCGCACUAUCGCUGGUACGACUUAAUAUCAAAUACAGUCACUGUGGCAUGAAGUUGUUGUAAAAACAAGAAAACUCCAUAAAAGAUCCUUUCAAACCCAUAACCCAGAUGGGUAAAAUAAAACAAACACCAGCUAAGAAAACGAAAAUGGCAGACCUCGUGGCGGAAAGGCGCAAAUCGGUGAAUCUGAAGAGAUCAAAAUCGGUUAGAGCAUCGUUGAAGUUCAUCAGCACCAAGUUUCUCAGCAAUCAUUCACAACCAGUGGAGGAAAUGUUGAACAAAACACCAUCGAUGUCCAGUUUGCAGGAGUUUUACCGCCCAGAGCGAAAGUCCAGAUUUAUUGAGCACUUCCAAAGAAACGUGCCAGUUGAAACGAUUUUAAAAACCCCAAUGAUUCGAGUAGAUCAGGGAACUGGACGAGGGUUUAAGAAGCCGGAGAAACUAAACAAAAAUCGUCGAGACUUACUAGACGGUCACAUAAAAAUUACAACUCCCCCCGAUGUGGUCGCCCCAAAAGCUGCUCAGCUGCUACAAAUUCCGGGGAUAAAACCAAGCAGUGAUCCGUUUAAAACGAGCCAAAACGGCUUAAGGCGAAUGCAUAGUGAAAAGUGUCCGCAUCACGGAAAAUUCAGUGACUAUAAUUACGAUUACCGAACUAGCGGAUUUCAAAGGGGUGCCCUCAGGCUGUCCAUCAGUGCCCGAAGGAAGCGUCUCACGAGGAAUUCGUCCUUGUCCGACGACGAAAAUAAAAAAUUUCCUACUCUCGCGGGCGACCUGGACAUGGAGGUGGCGAGUAUCCCGCUUACCCGGGGUCUCCCACCUCCCAGUCACAAACCCAGCAAAAAGGAAGCCAAACUCAUUCAGCAAAAACUCGAAAAACUCGCCCGGAUUAAUAUACAUUUACACGCACUGUUUUCUGCAGUAGAGUGUGGACAUUUGGAGAAGGCAAAAACCAUUUUAGAAUCUACUGAUGCCGAUAUCAAUAGCAUAAAUUCAGAUAUGUUAUCACCCUUGGACAUUGCCGUACUGAGCAAUAACAGAUCAAUGGCAAAAAUGCUAAUUUCAUUUGGGGCCAAGGAUGGGAAUCAAUUUACAUCAGCGGAAAAGCUUGGUUCCCACUUGAGGCAAAUUCUGUGUGAAGCUGAGAUGAGGCUUCAAGAAGUGGGAGGUUUUCUGGAGGAACCUCUACUCGGACUUAGUACAAGAGCGUCUUUCUCGAGUAUGUUGAGUGCCGGUUCUUCAUCAUCGGUAACAGGAUGUGCAGGAGGUGAUACCGAGAAGCAAGCAGUGGCAUGGGGUAGAAAAGCAAAAAUUUUAAAGAGACUGGUUUUGGGUUUUACCCAAGCUAGACCUCCAGAUGUUCCCUCUUUGGUAGCGGUGGAUAUAACUGCCAAAAAUGCAGUUACUGUACGAUUAGCUGAGCCAGCUUGUCAAGAAUCGCCGAUAACUACCAAAUUUUUAGUUCAAUGGUCAACACGUCCGGAUUUUUCGAUAAUAUCCGGACAUGAAGAACUCACGGACAUGUCCAAUCUAAGAUGUCACGUCGAAUUAACUCAGGGCAGAAGAUACUACUUUCGAGCUUGUUGCGGCAAUCUCAAAGGGUAUGGCAUGUUUCGAACAUCCACACCAUCAUCAGUCGUACCGUCCACUUGGAGGGAAAUUGAGCGAAAAGAUCCUAGGUUUGGUGAAAGCAAUCAGAAUCUCGACCAGUUAAUCGAAGAAGUGAGACAAUUUCGACCAUCGACAGACAUGCUGGAGGCAACUGGUCCAACACAAAGGAGAGCUCAACGAAAAAAGACUACGAUUAAACAGUUAUUUACAGCUGCCAGUAAAUUCCAAAAACACUUAAAAAGAGGUAUUCAUCUAGCGUGUAUCUUAUACCACGAGGACAAAGUCCUUGUAACAAACGAAGAAUUCCUUCCUGUGAUAGAAGUCGACGAAACCUUCCCCAGUUGCAUAAACAACGACCUUUACUGGCUAAUGCGAGUGGCCUGCACAUGGGACGACACCAAGUCCUUAAAGUCCCUUAUGGAAGAACACACAUCGUCAACGAUCCAUUUCCGGACAAAGCUUUUGCUGGCCGCUCUUCAGAUGCAAUCAUCGCUAUGUCUUCAGGACUUGGGUCAACUCUACUACAAACCGCUGCGCGACUCGCAGGGCACCGUCGUAAUCAGUACAAUAAACUAUGUGAAAUCGCCGAAAAGUGUUAGUGUUCUAAAUUCGCGAUGGUUGCCCAUGAACAAAGUAUUCAAAAAAACGAUUAUGAGUGAUGACUCGAAUAUAUCGGAUGUGUUGAUGGCGAGUAUUCAGGAUCAGAUCAAUUACCAUCAAGUGUCCAGUUUGAAGCUGACCAGAGGCUUGUAUUUGGCCUACUUGAAAAUGCAAAGUUCAGUGGAUAUGAUUCAUUUGGUCGUUUCGACAAAGACUCCCAAUAUGCUACCUCACUGUAAAGUGCGGGAUAACCCACAUGUGUCUGCUGAAGAAUGGGAAUAUCUCAAGCAACAGCAUCUGCCAGACGUCCUGGACAAUGCCACGGAACUGCAGCGAAAUUUUCUAGAAUUAGUUACAAGCGCCGCUAAGCGUCUUUUCAACUACAUGGAUAUAUGCAAUGAACUAGCUAACGCCCAUCGACUGUAUGAUGCUGAAGUAAUCGAGUUAACGGAAGAUGUUAGCUUUAUCGUUAUCUGUCCACCAGCUGAAUUUUCUUGCGCCGUGCCUGGACAGAGGGAGAUACUUUUGCAGCGAGGGGACUUAAUCAGUCUCCCAAUCCAGGUCUUUGAAAUGAUCCACCUCAACACCUAUCAAAGCAACAUCGUCCAAAAGUACUCAAAACUAAGUUGCCUGUUGGAACUGGAUACAGCAACGGCUAGUCACCUGCAUCGAGAAGCGUUUUCGAACAUCGAAUUAGCAGUGGCAAAAGAGCGAUUGGCCAAACUUCACGAGCUACAGAAUAAGUUGGAAUCGAUUUGGAAAAGUGUUCGGUGGUUAGCGGACGUGAUCACAUUUGCCAGAGAUAAGAACGUUGGAUGCAUAUGUAUGAGACAUGUUUUAGAAAAAGAGGUCGGUAUUGUUACGAGUCCGAAGCGAGAUUUGCUGCAGUUGCCGCCACCUAAAGCUGUAAAAUCAACGCCUGGACGUGGAUCCUGGCCUGGACCCGGUGGUAUGACAAUUUGCCCACCAACGAAUUUGAUGAAUGAAUACAGCAAGAGUGAGCAGAACUUGACGAAUGGCAGUGUUUCGCAUUACUUGAGUGCCUCUGGUGAUGCGGAUUCGAGAAAAAAUAGCGAAAGCUUUAACAGUGCUAACGAAUACGCAUCGCAACUUGCCCCUAGUAGAAGUGAAGACAUUCUGUUUUCGGUGCCCACGUGUAGUAAUACCUCAAACUCUCACAAGAGAUGUACAAAUCUACCAAGUUCCUCAGUUAAUACUAGUCCCUUGCUUAACGUCCGACCUGCAUAUGGAGGGAGCAUGGUGAGCGUCAACACUCUAAACACUGCGGACAGUUUGCAUAGUUUAAGCUCAGACAGUGAUCAGGCUCAUCCUCUAAGCACCUCAACACCGCAGAAAAAGUCCAAAACCAAAAUGGUGCCAAGUAAAAGCAUGGCGAAUGUGAAACAGCAUUUUUUAGGUGCAACGAACGAAGAUCACAAUGUGAUGUUCCUCACAGUAGACCACACAGUAGCUCCACUUAGAAGUUUGGAUAGCAGUCUUUCGAAAAGUCUGACAAACAUUAGGACAAUAUCCGAUUUCGAUAUGGCCAAUCCAGGCUAUCCUCCAGUAGAAUCUCCAAAUUGCCCGGUGGUAUUUCCAGAAAUUUUCAACCUUCCUAGUGACGAUCCCGAACCUUAUGCCAAAGAUAAUUACGACAUUCUCCAAAUAUAUGCUGCCUACGAAACGGGUCUAGUCAUUGGAACCAGUUUGAAAGUAUACGUUACUCCUAGAACGACCGCCAGAGAAGUUGUGAACGUGGUGGUUCGACAGCUCAACAUGGCAGUGAUUCUCAAGGGAAAAAAGGGUCCGAUUUACAAUAGAGAUAUGCUGAAAAACUUCUGUUUGGUGGCCAUUAUUGGGGCGAGGGAGCGGUGCCUUCGAGACGACUUUAAACCAUUGUUGCUGCAAAACCCUUGGAAGCUGGGCAGAUUGUAUGUUCGUAGGAAACAUGAUGUUUUAGCGGCGUUAGAUCAUAGCAGUAAGUUGGAUCGGAUUGAAGCUACUCGGAUCGAUCGUAUUUAAGGUUGCAAUUGAAUUCUAUGUUUUGGUAUGACAAGAAGCGCUCGGAUAUUUUAUGCUUUAAUCUCUGGGAAUUUCCAGAAAUUCGUCAAAAAGCCUAAAGUAUUGAUGAUGAUUUUUCAGGAAAAAUCGAUAACCAAUGCGAAUGGAAAUUGUCCAAUUUGGAUGUUCAAUGACGAGAUGUACUAUAACAUUAAUUUAUAGUUUACAGACGUCCAUACGUAUGGUAUGUGACCGUAAGCCGACUAACGUAUUAUUUUUGCCCCUUAAUGAGUGGUAUACACAUUGGUUCUAUUUUGAUUAUUUAAGCGACUUAAGGUUAACUUUCGGUAUAGCAAAAAGUAAGAAUAUCUUUUUUAAAAUAUUAAUAAUGUAAAUCGUAACAAACAUAUCAAAGGAACUUUUUUUUAAAUAGAAACUUGCCUUGAAUGGCACAGUUAUUGAACGUUUUCUCGCAGGGAAUCUAAAAGAUGUUAUUAAUAUUUUUUAUCCAUUAAAAAGUCGUCUUCUUGUCAUACCAACGAUUUAGUCAAAUUCACAUGGUGCUGUUUUCUUAUGAUAAUAUUAGCUGAACCUAUUUGUUGCCUAUUAUAGUAUAUAAAAUAAACAGAACUAUACAGAGACUAUUAUUGUACAUAAUUUUAGAGUUAUGUAUAUCUAGAGUAUGAUAAAUGUGAGUCUAUAACGCUGACGAUAUUGCACUAGAGCGUUAGAGAUAUUAAGACUGUGAUGAUUAUCCUUUAUUGAUAAAUCUGUCAAUUUUCCUGCCUAUCGAUUGAUCCACAAAAGAGAUGUUUUCGAGUUUAAAAUAAAUUUUCUAUUGGCAAAUCAUCAAAAAUUUAAUUAUCUACACGAUAAGCAGGAAAUCAUUAUGUUAGGACCAUGAGCAAAGAAUUUAUAUAUAACAAAUAGGUGAUUUGAGGGUAGUAGGAUAUAAUUAAAAUACGUACAAUGCUUUUAGCCAUCCAAAAUGAUAUACAUCAGGAAAUCAAAUUUAAAUACGUCCGAUCUGUAAUCGACUAUUAAUGCUUUGGAGCUUUAAACCAGGUAGUUAACAUACGUGACAUAAUCGACAAUGUUUGCAUUAGAUAGUUGUUCAUGUUCACGAGGAUGGUGUACGCAAUGUUAUUGCAGAAUUUUAAGAUUAUGCCCGUAUAUUGAAACAUUGAAUGUACGUUAUAGGCCAGAGCAAAGCAGUCAGUAUAUUGUUUUAUUGACCACAUUAUAACCAUAAAAAACAUACAUUUGUCUCAAACUAAAUGUUGAUUUUCUGGUAGGAAAAAUAGUGCAUCUUCAUCCAUUCAAAGUUUUAAAGCAAAAGGGCAAAGUUUAAAGCAUGCAUCAACAUUUUGGUUACACUAUCGCACUCACUAAUAGUAAAUGUCUAGAAAUUCAUUACCAAUAUUAUUUCGUGUCUGAGAAGUACGUCGAUCGUUUAUUAAGAGUUUUAGAUUGGAUUACUCACAUUUCGGUAAAAAUAAAACAUACUAAACCAGAUGCCUGGCACAUUUAAGAGCUAAUAAAAAUAUUUCGGUGCGAUGGUUUAAAAUUCAAACAUUACGUAACUAUAGAUUUUUUUAUUUCAAUAUUUUAUUCUAAUCUUUUAUUGUGUCAGAGUUCAAAGUCUCCUGAUUGCCGGAAUUUGAUUUACCGCAGUUCCGAUCAAUACUUCGUCGAAAACCAAUUCCUGAUUUGAAAAUGUGUUUGAAUAACCGAGAAGAAUUAGAUUGUGAUUUAGUAUUCAUAUAUUAGAUAUAAAAUACUUAAGUUAAGGUAGCAAAUGAGAAAGUAUUCUAAAUGUUAAGUAAAUCAGUCAUAUCAGUAAACGUAGAAUUCGGAUCGUUUAAAUAUCCAACGCUUAUUUUUUUACUAAAUGGGUAUUUUUAUUUUUUGAUUUUUCGAAUUAACCGUAUAGUUUUUUUUUUCUUUUUCGUAUUUAUAGUCAUUGUUUCCACAUUUUUAUCUGUGUUGGGCUAAUGAGAUUUAAACUAAUUGAAAUUUUUCAUUGUGCUCAUUACUUGUGCAAUGCAUGCGAUUUGUAAAUAGUUUAGGGACAACUAAAUGUUUUCAAAUACUUCCAGAUGGAACUAAUUGAAAAAUCUAGAUCUUGAUGGUGCAUUAUUCGCGCUAUAGUAACGCAUGCAGAAAUUGAGAGUAAAAAAGCGUCAUGUAAAAUAAAAUGUAAAGUUUGUGUGUAAUAAAUAUGUUAAAAAAUG